GGCAGUUUAUAGACAAAGUAAUCAUAUAUUAUUCGUAGAACUUAUACAGCAAUCUAUCAGAUUAAUUCAAUAGAUAUUUAGCAUCGUCGAGGCACGCAAUGGAUGUAGAUCCGGUCGAUUUCCUCCACCCGUGCCGGUGUUUGAACUCUCAGAUGACCAGAAGACAGGAAUCCUGUUCCAACACUUGCAUCAACCUCACAGCGGUAUUAAUAUCGGUGAUAAUUUGCCUCUCUGGCAUGUACUAUUACGAAAUCGCCGGUAGAAAUUACCUCGAAUCGUGGAGCAAGCUCCAUUACGACGAACCCGAAUACAAAGCGCCGGAUCAACGCGACUCCCUCGCCGACUUCAGGAAGGAAAUCCAGCACUUGAAAGAAAAGAUCGACCAAACGGACGUGUGGCGGGAGCACCUCGAGCAGCUCUACACCAAAAUCUACCACUCGCAGGAAUCGACGUUCCAGAAAAAACUCAACGAGGCGCUGGACGUGUACGAUUCGGACAAAAUCGGCUUGUUCGACUACGCCGCUUCGUACGCCAGGGGCUCCGUGCACUCCAUACCCGACACCGUCCCCUACCCCAUCAACAAAACGCUCACGUUUUUCAAUCUCGUCAACAUAAACGUCCUGUCCAAUCCGGAGAAUCUGCUGCGGCCCGGCAACUUGCCCGGCAGCUGCUUCGCGUUCGCCGGGCACAGGGGCCGCGUCCGGCUGAAGCUGGGCAAGAGGAUAAUGGUGCGCGCGGUGAGCGUCGACCACGUGCGGGUGCACGCGGACAGGAGCAGCGCCCCCAAGGAGUUCGAGGUGUACGGGCUGGAGAACCCGGAUAGCGAGGACUCGGGUGCUCUAUUGGGAACCUUCCGCUACGACAUCGAAGGCCGGCCGGUCCAGACGUUCCCCGUCGACGGGCACACGGGGUACGAGUACGUGGAGCUGCGCGUGCUGUCCAAUCACGGCAAAAAGGAGUUUACUUGCGUCUACCGGUUCAGGGUGCACGACGUUUUUAUUAAGAAUUAGAGGACGAUUGUAAUAAACGUGUGGGAUUUGUUUAAAAAUUUUCACUUUGUA